GGAGGAGGAGGAAGGCUCCGCGGCGAUGCUGUCCUGCGAUUCCACAAGCCGCUUAGCCCAGCUGGCCCAGUCUCCUCAGUGCGUGCGCUGCUUCAUGACGUUCCGGGACGCGGAGACGGCGGAGAGGCACCUACGCUUCAAGCACCCUGCCGAGUACGAGCGGCAGCUCCGGGGGCGGACCGUCUUCGCCUGCUGCGUGUGCGACCGCACCUUCCCCUCCUCCCGCCUGCUGUCCACGCACCAGCGCACGCACAGCAAGUGGAGCCUGAUGCCUCCGGCCAAUGAGGACUCGGCACAGGAGGAGAGGAGAGACGGCGGGGGAAGAGUGACGAGGCAGACGGGGGGCACAGCUGAGCAGUGCGCAGCUGACAGCCAGGAGAGUGACAGAGGCGGAGCCGGUUCGACACGCUGUCUCCACUGCCACAUCAUUUUCACAGACCCUCGCACAUGGGGCCGUCACAUGAUCGCCAAGCACCCCCCCUCCCCGCUGCUGCCUCCGUCUAGCCAAGCUAACCCCGGGUGCUUUCCUCUGAGGCCACCCCGAGGCCAGCCGCGGCCCUACUGCUGCUCCACCUGUGGAGAGAGAUUCAUACAGGAGAGCACCCUGAUGAAGCACUACACCGAGACGCACACAAGCUAAAAGAGAGGCUAUGUGAGACUGAACGAGCAGAGAUAUAACGACCAAAGGGAGGUAUAUGAAGGUAACUGGGAUAGGAGCAGCAGGCCAGCAAAAUGAAAUGCGAUGGGCUGCAUUUCCUGAAGACGUGUUGGUAUGGAAAGGGUUUUUUUUUGAUUGAGAUUGUUAUGGACUGGAAUGUUUGUAUUUCAUUCGGUGUAAAUAGAAUGUAUUAUUAGCAAUUUCAGUCAUGCUGAAUACAGAUUAUUCAUGAUAAUCUGUGGUGCAGUUUCCUCCCACAAUAAUUCCAACAAUUUCACACCCCCUUCUGUAAGAGGUUGGUUCAUUAUAUCUUUUGUUCUUGGAGGCAACAUGGAAAAUCA